AUGGCUUCAAUCGGAAAAUUGACAGACAAUCAAGAAAUGCUGAAAAUAUUUCUAAUUUUUACCGUUCUUAUAAAUUGCACAGUUUCUGUUCCUGCAGAUAUUCCCUCACUAUUUUCUGGUUUACUAAAUGGAUUAUCAAAAAAUUGCUUGACUGAAACCUAUAGUUUCUUGACAGAAUUGAGGGAAAUAGAGACUCUUCAAAAUUCAAAGUUUAACAAUGUUGAUGUACUGUAUGACAAGGAUCUCAUGAAAUCUCUUUUUGGAGACUUGAAAUCUAUAUCUUUAUCUAUAAAAUCUUCCAACUGUUCAAGUAUGAUAUUUGCUAAAUAUCUACUCGACGGAACUGUUUUCAUAGGUGAUAACAUAUACGGAGAAGCUUUUAAUUGCUUAUCAAAGGAAAAUCUGGAAUCAUUGUUCAUGUCGUGUGCUCGUGAAAUCAUUCUGAACAAUCAGUCAAUCGACAUACUGGAACAUCUCAAGCCUGUUUCACGUUGUGUCGCUGGAAAAUUGGCUUGCUCCAAAAUAGACAAAAACUCAUUCAUUGGAGCAGUUUUCGCAGGAGUUGACCUUUUUGACACAUUUUCAAACUCUCGUUCAAUUUUAAGUCAAAUUAAGGAAAACAAGAUGAAGCUUGAGUUCAAUAAGGAAAAAUAUUAUUCAUAUUUGAACUAAAUGAACAUGUUUUUGAUUGAUUCGAAGAAAAAAUUAAGUUUC